UUUUUUUCUUUAAUUGCUUUCCAAUAGGUAUGAUUUAUGGCCAUUUUUAACUGGAACUUGUAUUAACUUUUAUGUAUGAAAAUUUUGACUACGCUACCCAAUUAGAUUGUGCCUUUACGAAACGUUUAAAAAAAAUGGCCAGCAGGAAAAAUGAAGGUCGACGUUCAGUUUCACCAGCUCGAACUGGGAACAUGAGACCCCAACCCAGCCUUCACCCAAGCCCUCCUUCCAUGAAUAUCCUGUCGAGUAUUCUGCGGGCUCCUCACCCAAACCUCCAGCAUGCCCCACCCAUGGGUGACACCUCCCAGCCUGGUCGGGGCAUAUCCCCCAUCAGGGUUAUCACAGCGAUGCCUUACCGAUCUACACCAUCACCAAAGGGAGGCCUGUCCCCUUCUCGGGUCCCUACAACUUUGCCGCCCAAGAAGAGCCUGUCCCCAUCAAGAACUAUCUAUGUGACAUCUACGUCCCCAAAGCCACAGUUUUCAAAAGCACCAAGCCCACCCUCUGCCCAUGGGAGUCAAGGUCAGACAAGACAGCUGAGCCAAGGUCAGUUGCUCUCCCACCUCCCGUACCUUGCACAGACCCUCCAGCAAGGAGGACUGCCUCAUGAACGCAUCUUCCAUCAGUAUAGGUCAACCCAAGAGGCAGUUUCUGGGUCAAUGACCUUGCCAUCAAAUGCCAGAGGGAGUCCAGGUUCCCAAGGACAGACUGCGCCCUUACCAGCACACCAGCGGGUGGCUACACCACCCCUGGGUUCAGGUAUACGCAGGACUCCAUCUCCUGCCCACAUGCCAGUAGUGGAGAUUCCAGCCAAACACCUGGUGGAACAUUCCCCGAAGGUGCAGGCUGUUAACCUGGUUAAACCUCACCAGGAAGUCAAGAUGAAGAUUCCAGAGCAAGAUUUUAAGUUUGGUGAUUUACUGCAGAGUAUCAACAGGUCUCAAGAGCAACUACAAAGCCAGUUGAUGCAGAGUGGCCUCUCACCAAUCACCCCUGCCGAUCAACUACCCAAACAGUGGGCUCUGCAGCCCCAACCACCACCAAACAUAAGUCUUACAUCAAAUGCAGGACAGUUUACUAGCUCAAGUCAGGGAUUGUUACGCCCCACUCAGUCUGCAAGUGACAGUCGGCUUUCAAUGCAUUACACGACAGACAGCAAGCCAGCCAUUCUGCAGGAGGUGCUUGGUUCUGGAGGCCUCCUUGCAGCAGCCAGAAGCAUUCAUCAGUCGACCUCUACAGCUUCACAUGUGGUGUCUCAUCCACCAGCCUCUGGUUUUACACCGGUUGUUCUGCCCUCUCAAAGUCACAGUGUUAGAAGCUCUGUUCUCAACCCAUCUAUCCCGGUAAUAUCUUCAUUUGUCAAUGUCAUGAAACCGACUUUAACAAAUGUGCAGGCUACAGUGAGUCAAGAAAUAAAAAAAGAACCACAGUUUGUUCCAAGUUCUCUUGCAUCAGUCACACAACCAGGUCCUCCCAACAUUACAAUCUCAACAAGAACUAACAUGCCAUCUCAAGAGAAACUUGCUCAAAGAUUGCCAAGAAAUCCAUUCACCUUCCCAGCAACCCCUCCUGCUUCAUUGACCAAUGAGAAGCCAGCCUUUGUAAUGAGCCAGUCAAAUCUUGUUGUGGCAGAUGGGCUAACCAAUGAAAAGCAGAGACAUGCCAGUGAUGAAAUGCCUAAACUUUCUCCAGUUGGAAAACUAAAGAGAGAAAAGGAUGAAGAAGAAGCACUGGUUCCUCUUCAAAACUGCCUAAAUAUGCGUAUGGUAACACUCUCCAACUUUCCAAACAAUCCUCACAACAGACCUUCAUACAGAGCUACAUCAGUGGCCAUAGACAAGGCCAAGGUUGGCUGUAUCACCAAUUCAGCAAAGUCAAUGGACAUAUUGAGGCAGAAUCUACAGAAAGCUAUGAACAAAGAGAUUGAUGCUGUGAUACAAUCUUACAUGGAAAAAUACUUCAAGCUAGGAAUACAGAACAUCCGUAUGAACAAUGGGGAGACUGCGGUGACAGAUGACCAUAUACAGGCUGUGUGCAGGCAGAUACUCGAGGAGGCGAAGAAGAUGUACAUACCAGAAACAGGGAGACGUAGUGUGUCUCCGGCCAGGGAACUAUCUGACAAUGUUUCUGAGACAGGCAGCAGUGGAAGAAGGUCAGCCCUGGGUAGAAGGCGCCAUCCAUCUGACACAGACUCGGAGGCCAGCCUUAGACCAGCCCCUGCUAAAAAGAAGAAAGGCCGCCCAUAUAUAGUGAAUUUGACUGGGAGAUCCACACCAUCGAAACUAGCUAUCCAGCAGGCAAAACGUGAGGGACCUAAGUAUGAUCCAGAGAGAUUAACAGAAGAUACCCAGUUUGUCAUGGGCUCAAAGGCCAACAAGGCCAUGGGGUUUGGGGCAACAAGAGGGAGGUUGUAUAUGAAGCAUCCAGAUCUUUAUAAGUACAGUGGAGACCAGGAUGACAAGACUUGGCUGUAUGAGCACCACUUUAUGCCAGCAACAGGGGGCAAGUCAUACCUGGUUGUCCUUGAUGAUAUUCGCGAGAUCGCCAUAUCUGAUGAAUACAAGGAACAGAGUGGUAUUGUUGUCGAGUCUUUAGUUGGCUUCAAUGUACCCAUGUGGAUGAUUGAGAAAAUGCGACUUCAAAUGAACGCCAUGAGAACAGACCUGCCAAAAGCUACCAAAUACCGCAGUAGAUCUGCAACACCCAAUGUUGUAGAGGAGUUGGUUGAUGAUGUCACAGCACCAAAAGAAAUAAAGGACCUGCCAUUUGCGAACUUCAGCAGUCCCAAAAAUAUCAACGUUAUUCACGUUCCCCAGGAGGAGGAUGAGAUGGAUUUCUUGGCGACGGGGAGCGACAACCGAGACACGCCCUCUCAGUUAUCUCCCUUCAACAUGACUGGCGGGUUCGAUGACGCCACCUCACAGUCUGACCUUGACACUCUGGAUGAUGACCCCACAUUCACCCUCAGUAAAUGAGAACCUCCCACGGACAGGUGCACUAGUGAUCGAACUCUGGGAUUUCUCAAAAUAUUUAGCUAUUUAAAUAUUACGUCAUCUAUAACCAUUUUGAAAAGGACUGGAUAACAGGCGAGAUUUGUAUUGAUAAUAAUUACUAUUCAGAUAAGGCUACUACUUAUAUGUUUUGUGCAAAUGCAUCUGAUACAUUUAUGUUUCAAACAGUUUGUAGAAUGAGUGGCAAUUAAGGGUAGAGAGUGAUGUGUUUGCACCUUGCUAGGAAUAUCUUAUGUUGUUGAUCAAGACUUGUGGCUAUUAAUUGCUUAAGCUUUAAAUGAAAAUAAAAUUUAUCACAAUGUUUAUAACAAAUUGUUCAGCAUUACCUGUGCAUACUCAUUGUGUACUGAAGAAAUAAUUACUGUUCUAGUAGUGUUCACAUGAAAACAGCAACGCAAGGUGUUUUUAAUAGAGUGAAAAACUUCGUAUUUAUAUCGGUUAAAUGAUUGAAUUGCGUAAUUUUAAUUGUAAUGAA